GCCAGCGCUCUGUUCCUUCUUUUGGCCGACUCGGCUGUUUCUUAAUUUCCUUGUUGCGCUGUACCAGUUUGAGAAUGAAAUACCAGCUCGCCCAAUCGUCAACAGUGAUGAACUCGCACGACAAUUAUCCAAAAGAAAUUGGCCCGUAUUAAUUUUUGGUGUUGAACCUGACAACAAGAUAAUGUACCUGAAUGCCUCAGACGUAGAGUUUUAUAUGUUAUUAGGGUAUGGAUGGCAUAGCGCAAGAUACUUAUUUCUCAUUUUGUUUUGUUUAUUAUAACCAGCAAUCUGAUUUGCAAAAUUAUUUCUAUCAGUCAAGAAAUAUCUUCAGGAUUCCUACCACUAACGUGCAUCCCAAUUUAUCAUAAGUAACAAUGGCUCACCAUCUCAUCUACGAAGUACACCGAGUGCAACAAUUCAUUUUGGUGUCAGUAAUUUGGUGUUGCCACUACUCCGCCGCACAAGAAGGAGAUUUGAAGUUGACUAUUCUACACACCAACGAUAUUCAUGCCCACUUGGAAGAAAGCAACAAAUAUGGGGGCAAAUGCUUUGAUAAAAAGUAUCCCAAUUCUACGUGUGUCGGGGGAGUUGCCCGGAUUGUCACAAAGGUGAAGGAAAUCAGACAAAUGGCACCUAAUGUGCUGUUUAUGAAUGCUGGAGACUUCUUUCAAGGCACGCCUUACUACACACUCUUCAAGGAAAGUGUUAUAAGCGCCGUCAUGUCAGUGAUGGGAUACGACUAUGCGUGCCUUGGAAAUCACGAAUUCGAUGACGGACCGCAGAACCUUGCCAGUUUUCUUAAGAAAAUGAACGACUCCAAUGUAACGGUUGUUGGAACAAACACAAACUUUUCAAAGGAACCACUGCUCGCAGAACUGGAGCUUGUGAAGUCUUCAAUAAGAGAAGUUAAUGGGACGAAGAUUGGAAUUAUCGGCGCGGUAAUCCCGAGCACAAAAUACACUUCAAGCCCAGGACCAAACGUAGAAUUUUUCGACGAAACACCUAGUUUCCAAACGGAAGCUAGUAACCUUGUCAAACAAGGUGUGAACAUAAUUAUCGCAAUUACGCAUAGUGGUUUCCACCGGGAAAUCAAAAUUGCCGAAAGCGUACCGGAAAUUGAUGUACUCGUAGGCGGACAUACAAACACGUUGCUUUACACGGGUCGUGAUUAUCCAAAGGAGAAUAAGCCUGAAGGUCCGUAUCCCUACGUUAUCAACAGAACAGACGGCAGCAGAGCCCUCAUUGUGCAGGACUUCUGGUUUGGAAAAUUUCUCGGUAGAUUAGACGUGACAUUCAACAGCACUGGCCACAUUGUAGAGUGCGGAGGAAACCCUAUUUUGCUCAACGCUUCCGUCGAUGAAGACACGCACAUUACAGAAGUCCUAAAUCCAUAUAAAAUAAACCUCACAAUACAAAUGGAGGAGGUAAUCGGCAGCACUAAGGUCCUCAUGGAGCACGGAGAGGCCAUAUGUAGAAUGCAAGAAUGCAAUCUCGGCAACAUGGUUGCCGACGCCUACUAUGACUACUACGUCAACAGAGAACCCACAAAGCCUCCAGCAUGGUCGGAACUGAACGGCGCCGUCGUUAACGCCGGGAGCAUCAGAACAGCUCUUCCGAGCUUCUAUAAUGUCACAAGGGGAGACGUUCUGACUACAUUACCGUAUGGAAAUUCCCUAGUCACGGUGACACUCACCAGAACUGACUUAUGGCACAUGUUCGAGCAUUCUGUCACGAAUUACACGACGGAGAAAAAUAAACAAAAAGGACGCUUUCUUCAGGUCUCAGGCUUCCGAGUGACCUACGACUUGACAAAACCCAACUACAAUCGUGUCGUUUCGAUCAGCGUACUUUGCUCAAAUUGCAGCGUGCCGAAAUACGAGCCAAUAGACUGUGCGGCGACCUACGGCAUAGUUACUGCAGACUUUCUUACGAGAGGCGGUGACGGCUUCAAGUUCGCCAGUUCAGUGAAUGUCAGCGACGGAGGCCCCAUUGAACACGAAGCACUGGAGGAAUUUGUCAAGAAGAUGUCACCAAUGAAGACACCAAACGAGGGCCGUAUCAAGAUCACCUGGAACUCUACAGACGAAGAACGUGUACGAAACUAUACGAAAACAGUACGUGAAAGUAAAAUUUGUGACGGAACAGUAUGUACGACAGAAUAAAUACAUCGUACGGAAGAAA